CCCCGGGGCCGAGCUGCGGCUGCGGCAGCAGCACCGCGGGGACGCGGCGGCCGCGGGGACACGGCCCGGCUCCGGGGACACGGCCCGGCUCCGGGGACACGGCCCGGCUCAGGGCAGGGCGAGUUUGCUACAGCCACACCAGGAGGUACCGGCAUAAGGGCGGAUCCCAGCCCCGGUGCCCAGCUUCACCCGCGUUCUCCGCCCGCCCGGGCGCCGCUGUGGGCAUGGAGGAGGGACGGCGGCGAGCGCAGCGCUGGGCUUGUGGCUCUGGGGAUCCUCGGCUCUGCCUUGGUGCUGAGGUGUGCUGACCAUGCUGAGCCCGCCCAUCUCCGAGACCCCUCAGCAGGAGCAGUUUUAGGGUUUGCUGUGCAGCUCCAUGGACCUGGACCCCCAUGCCAGCAUGCAGGUGGGGAUGAGGGUAGUGCGUGGAGUGGACUGGAAGUGGGGCAGCCAGGACAGCGGCGAGGGCAACGUGGGCACCGUGGUGGAGAUCGGCCGCACGGGCAGCCCCACCACGCCCGACAAGACCGUGGUGGUGCAGUGGGAUCAGGGCAACAGGACCAACUACCGCACGGGCUUCCAGGGCGCCUACGACCUGCUGCUCUAUGACAACGCCCAGAUAGGUGUCCGUCACCCCAACAUCAUCUGUGACUGCUGCAAGAAGCACGGCAUCCGCGGCAUGAGGUGGAAGUGCAAGCUGUGCUUCGACUACGACCUGUGCACCCAGUGCUACAUGAGCAACAAGCACGACCUGGCGCACGCCUUCGAGCGCUACGAGACCGCGCACUCCCAGCCGGUCCUCGUGAGCCCUCGGCAGAAUCUGACUCGCAUCACCCUGAAAGGGACUUUCCAGGGGGCCAAGGUGGUCCGAGGGCCCGACUGGGAGUGGGGCAACCAGGAUGGGGGUGAGGGGAAGACGGGCCGCGUGGUCGAUAUCCGGGGCUGGGACGUGGAGACCGGCCGCAGCGUGGCCAGCGUCACCUGGGCAGACGGAACCACCAACGUCUACAGGGUGGGCCACAAGGGAAAAGUGGACCUCAAAUGUACUGUGGAGGCUUCUGGGGGCUUCUACUACAAGGAGCACCUCCCAAAAUUAGGGAAGCCAGCUGAGCUGCAGAGGAAGGAGAGCACAGACAGACAUCCCUUCCAGCACGGGGACAAGGUGAAGUGCCUGCUGGACAUCGACAUCCUGCGGGAGAUGCAGGAGGGCCACGGGGGCUGGAAUCCCAAAAUGGCUGAGUUCAUCGGGCAGACGGGGACCGUGCACAGGAUCACAGACAGAGGGGACGUGAGGGUCCAGUUCAACAGCGAGACCCGCUGGACCUUCCACCCCGGAGCCCUGACCAAGCUCAACACCUUUUGGGUUGGUGAUGUGGUCCGGGUGAUAGAUGAUAUGGAAACGGUGAAGCGCUUCCAACCUGGUCAUGGGGAGUGGACAGAUGAGAUGGCACCUACCCUGGGGCACAUUGGGAAGGUGAUCAAGGUCUAUGGGGAUGGAGAUCUGCGAGUGUCAGUGGGGGGACAGUCCUGGACCUUCAACCCUGCCUGCCUGACAGCCUACCAGAGGGAGGAGGAGGCCAACCUGAUGACCACGGAGAGUGCCAAGGAACCCAAAAGCACUUUGGUGACUGUCCUGGAGAAGCUGCUGUCCCAGAGGACAGAGUCAGAGCAUGCAGGGUGCCUGGUCAUUUGUGCAGCCCUCAACAACGCAGCCAAAGUCCGGGAGCUCCUCCAGAAAUACCCAGACAAGGUGGAUGCCAAGAACCAGGGCAGGACUGCCCUGCAGAUUGCCUCUUACCAGGGGCACCUGGAGGUGGUGAAGGCCCUGCUGCAGGCACACGCCAGCGUCGACCUGCGCGACGACGAGGGGGACACGGCGCUGCACUACGCAGCCUUUGGAAACCAAGCAGAGGUUGCCCGUGUGCUGCUGGCCAAGGGGGCCAGUGCAGACCUGCUGAACAAUGCCAAGUGCACUGCGCUGUUCGUCGCUGUCAGCCAGGGCUUCACCGAGGUGGUGAGAGCCCUCUGUGAGCUCAGCUGUGAUGUCAACCUCCCAGAUUCCCAGGGAGACACCCCCCUGCACUAUGCCAUCACCCUGGACUACAAAGUGGUGAUUGAGAUUCUCACUGAGGUUCCCAACAUCGAUUUCACCCUCCAGAACUGUCAAGGCUUCAACCUGCUCCACUAUGCUGCCCUGAAGGGCAACAAGCUAGCCAUAAAGAAGAUUCUGGCCAGGGCUCGGCAGCUGGUGGACUCCAAAAAGGAAGAUGGAUUCACUGCCCUGCACCUUGCUGCUCUCAACAACCACAUGGAAGUGGCUGAAAUUCUCAUCAAAGAGGGUCGCUGCGAUGUCAACGUGAAGAACAGCAGGAAGCAGAGCCCGCUGCAGCUGGCCGUGAUCCAGGGCCACGUGGGCAUGGUGCAGCUGCUGGUGAGGCGUGGCAGCGACGUCAACGCCGAGGAUGAGGAUGGGGACACCGCCAUGCACAUGGCCCUGGAGCGCCAGCAGCUCAUGGCCCUGGCCCUGGAGAAGAGGGAUGGGGAGAUGGGAGCCACCCUCCUGGCCAAGCUGCAGGCUUCUGGCUUCCUGGGAAAUGUGGAGCUGAACGUUGGGACUGCCAUUGCCUGCUACUUAGCACAAGAAGGAGCAGACAUUAAUUAUGCAAAUCAUCGGGGAAAGUCUCCUUUGGACCUCGUCACAGAUGGAAGGAUUGUCCAGAUCAUCAAAGACUUCUCACAGAAAUUCAGGGAUCAGCAGGUUUCCUCUGAGAGCUCCCCCAUCACCUGCAGCCUUCGCCGCGUGCACACCACGCCCAACACCAUGACCAACCUCAGCGUGUCCAGCCUGGCAGUGCCCUCAGAGUGCCUGGUCUGCUCAGAGCUGGCCUUGCUCAUCCAUUUCUUCCCAUGCCAGCACAGUAUUGUGUGUGAAGAAUGCUCCAGGAGGAUGAAGAAGUGCAUCAAAUGUCAAGUGACAAUAACCAAAAAGCUGAAACAAGACAGCACGGAGGUGGAGUGCAGCCCCAGCUCGGAGUGCACGGAGCAGAGGAAGCUGAUGGAGGAGCUGCAGAGCCGCUACCGGCAGAUGGAGGAGAGGAUCACCUGCCCCAUCUGCAUCGACGACCAGAUCAAGCUGGUGUUCCAGUGUGGGCACGGCUCCUGCCCGGACUGCAGCACGGCGCUGACCGUGUGCCCCAUCUGCCGCCAGGCCAUCCGCGAGAGGAUCCACAUCUUCGUCUGAGGAGCAUCCUGCUCCACCCCCCAUCUGUCCAGGAGAGGAUCCACAUCUUUGUCUGAGGAGCAUCCUGCUCCAUACCCAUCCAGGGGAGGAUCCACAUCUUCGUCUGAGGAGCAUCCUGCUCCACCCCCAUCUGUCCAGGAGAGGAUCCACAUCUUCGUCUGAGGAGCAUCCUGCUCCAUACCCAUCCAGGGGAGGAUCCACAUCUUCGUCUGAGGAGCAUCCUGCUCCAUACCCAUCUGUCCAGGAGAGGAUCCACAUCUUCGUCUGAGGAGCAUCCUGCUCCAUACCCAUCCAGGGGAGGAUCCACAUCUUCGUCUGAGGAGCAUCCUGCUCCACCCCCAUCUGUCCAGGAGAGGAUCCACAUCUUCGUCUGAGGAGCAUCCUGCUCCAUACCCAUCCAGGGGAGGAUCCACAUCUUCGUCUGAGGAGCAUCCUGCUCCAUACCCAUCCAGGAGAGGAUCCACAUCUUCAUCUGAGGAGGAUCCUGCUCCACCCCCAUCUGUCCAGGAGAGGAUCCACAUCUUCGUCUGAGGAGCAUCCUGCUCCACACCCCAUCCAUGAGAGGAUCCACAUCUUCAUCUGAGGAGCAUCCUGCUCCACAUCUUCGUCUGAGGAGCAUCCUGCUCCACCCCCAUCCAGGGGAGGAUCCACAGCUUCAUCUGAGGAGGAUCCUGCUCCAUCCCCCUCCAUGAGAGGAUCCACAUCUUUGUCUGAGGAGGAUCCUGCUCCACAUCUUUGUCUGAGGAGGAUCCUGCUCCACAUCUUUGUCUGAGGAGGAUCCUGCUCCACCCCCAUCUGUCCAGGAGAGGAUCCACAUCUUCGUCUGAGGAGCAUCCUGCUCCACACCCCAUCCAGGGGAGGAUCCACAUCUUUGUCUGAGGAGCAUCCUGCUCCACAUCUUCGUCUGAGGAGCAUCCUGCUCCAUACCCAUCUGUCCAGGAGAGGAUCCACAUCUUUGUCUGAGGAGCAUCCUGCUCCACCCCCAUCUGUCCAGGAGAGGAUCCACAUCUUCGUCUGAGGAGCAUCCUGCUCCACCCCCAUCUGUCCAGGAGAGGAUCCACAUCUUCGUCUGAGGAGCAUCCUGCUCCACCCCCAUCUGUCCAGGAGAGGAUCCACAUCUUCGUCUGAGGAGCAUCCUGCUCCAUACCCAUCCAGGGGAGGAUCCACAUCUUCGUCUGAGGAGCAUCCUGCUCCAUACCCAUCUGUCCAGGAGAGGAUCCACAUCUUCGUCUGAGGAGCAUCCUGCUCCAUACCCAUCCAGGGGAGGAUCCACAUCUUCGUCUGAGGAGCAUCCUGCUCCAUACCCAUCUGUCCAGGAGAGGAUCCACAUCUUCGUCUGAGGAGCAUCCUGCUCCACACCCAUCUGUCCAGGAGAGGAUCCACAUCUUUGUCUGAGGAGCAUCCUGCUCCACCCCCCAUCCAGGGGAGGAUCCACAUCUUCGUCUGAGGAGCAUCCUGCUCCACCCCCCAUCCAGGGGAGGAUCCACAUCUUUGUCUGAGGAGCAUCCUGCUCCACCCCCAUCUGUCCAGGAGAGGAUCCACAUCUUUGUCUGAGGAGCAUCCUGCUCCACCCCCAUCUGUCCAGGAGAGGAUCCACAUCUUUGUCUGAGGAGCAUCCUGCUCCACCCCCAUCUGUCCAGGAGAGGAUCCACAUCUUUGUCUGAGGAGGAUCCUGCUCCACAUCUUUGUCUGAGGAGCAUCCUGCUCCACCCCCAUCUGUCCAGGAGAGGAUCCACAUCUUUGUCUGAGGAGGAUCCUGCUCCACAUCUUUGUCUGAGGAGGAUCCUGCUCCACCCCCAUCUGUCCAGGAGAGGAUCCACAUCUUCGUCUGAGGAUGCUGCUCCUCCCUGUGCCCCAUCUGCCUCCAGGCUGCCCGGGGGAGGAUCCUCAUCUUUGUCUGAGGAGGAUCCUGCUCCACCCCCAUCCAGGGGAGGAUCCUCAUCUUCCUCUGAGGAUGCUGCUCCUCUCUGGCCCUGACUCUGUGCCCCAUCUGCCCGGGAGAGGAUCCACAUCUUUGUCUGAGGGUGCUGCUCCACCCCCAUCUGCCUCCAAGCUGCCCGGGAGAGGAUCCACAUCUUCCUGGGAGAGGAUCCUCAUCUUCCUCUGUGGAUGCUGCUCCUCCCUGUGCCCCAUCUGCCUCCAGGCUGUCUGAGGGAGGAUCCAGAUCUUCCCAGGAAAGGAUCCUCAUCUUCCUCUGUGGAUGCUGCUCCUCCCUGUGCCCAUCCGCCCCGGACAGGAUCCACAUCUUCAUCCGAGGAUCUGCCCCGGCCCCAGCCCUGCCUGCUUCCUCCCUCUGCAGGGGUUUGGCUCCCUGGGAAAAGGAGGGAAGCACAGGAGGGAUGUGCCAGAGGACGAGGAGGAGGAGGAGGAGGAGGAGGAGUCCCCUCUGGGGUGUCCCAGGGAAGGGACAGCCCCUCCCUCAGCUGUGCUGCUCAUCCACCGCCAGCACCUGACUGAGCACACUGCAGAGCUGGGCUGAGCUGAUCCUGGGGUGUCCCAGAGCUGAUCCUGGGGUGUCCCAGAGCUGAUCCUGGGGUGUCCCAGAGCUGAGCUGAACUGAUCCUGGGAUGCUCCAGAACUGAUCGUGGGGCGUCCCAGAACUGAGCUGAACAGAUCCUGGGGUGUCCCAGAGCUGAUCCUGGGGUGCUCCAGAGCUGAACAGAUCCCUGGAAUGUUCCAGGGCAGAACUGAACAGAUCCUGAGAUGUUCCAGAACUGAACAGAUCCUGGGGUGUCCCAGAGCUGAUCCUGGGGUGUCCCAGAGCUGAACAGAUCCCUGGAAUGUUCCAGGGCAGAACUGAACAGAUCCUGAGAUGUUCCAGAACUGAACAGAUCCUGGGGUGCUCCAGAGCUGCGCAGACCCUGGAAUGUUCCAGAGGCACCCAGGAGUGCUCCCAGCUCCCCUCAGCUCCCGAGGGGGUCCCUGGGACCAGCUGGGACAGGGACAGGGAGGGGAUGUCCCCAGAGCCCCCUGUGCAGCAGAGCUGGAGCCAGGAGUCCUGCAGACAGAGCGUGUGCCUUAGAGAACAAGUAGUGAACAUUGACUGGAGAAAACCUGUUACAACAAAUAUUUCUGACCUCUAAGUGACACUCUUUUUCUUUUUCUUCUUCUUCUUCUUCUUCUUCUUCUUCUUCUUCUUCUUCUUCUUCUUCUUCUUCUUCUUCUUCUUCUUCUUCUUCUUCUUCUUCUUCUUCUUCUUCUUCUUCUUCUUCUCCUUCUUCUCCUUCUCCUUCUUCUCCUUCUUCUUCUUCUUCUUUUCUUCCAUAUUUUAUUUUAUUUUAUUUUAUUUUAUUUUAUUUUAUUUUAUUUUAUUUUUGGCAGAGCCGUGUGUUCAGAGACUCCUGAGCUUUCUCUCCAUCAUGCCAAAGGCAGGUGUUCAAUGCUCCAAUCGAAGUGGAAAGAAAAUAAAUAGUAAUAAUUAAGAUACGAGGGGGAGGAAAAAAAAAAAGGGAUUUCGUUUUUGUUUCUUUGUUUUGCAGCAAAACUUAAUAAAAUAAAUAUAUCUAUUUUCCUGAGCAUUAAAAA